ACUCCAAAACGAAGAGAGUUCGUGAGAAAACUCUUUGAAAACAUUCCGAUGGGAAUUUUAGGACUAACCUUGUUUUGGUGAUGCAAAUGCCGUCGCGACAUACUAGGCUUCGAGGUGGACGACCGUGGGGAUUUUUGUCAAGUGCUGGACCGAGUAACAAUCCGUACGGGAAUAAUGAUGGUAGUUCUGACGAUUCUAUGAUUCCGUCGGAACAUGUGAGGCGAAUGUUAGAGGGAUCCGAAUCGGAGUCUUUCAUGGCUACGAGUCCUUCAAUGACCUCGGUUGAAUCCAUUCCUACGAGGGAGAUGGAAGGAUCAGAUAGUUCUGUUGAGACUGACCCUUCGGAAGAUCUUGAUGAGUUUGAGGAUGACGAUGUCGAGACUAGUGCAGAGUCUGAAGAAUUUGUCCCUUUGGUUGCUUUGGGAGGAAGUUUUGGGAAAGUCCCGAUCACUGACUUUGUGGUGCUUUCCGAUGAUUCUGAUGGUGAUUCUUCGGAAGAGUCUGAAGAGCAGAUGGCGACUGGUUUUCUCUUCGGAGAUAGCGAUAUUGAUGAGCCUAUGUGGGAAGGCCCCAAUGAAGUUUUGUAUGAGUUCAAUUCUGAUGACUCGUGGCAGCCAGGAGUUCAUGCGAAUCCAGGUAAUGCCUCGCGCGAUUCUGACUAUGUUGUGUUCAUGCCGACAGAAUUUGCGAUUCCUAGGCAAGCGCUGGCUUACAACAUGGUGUCGCCUGAUGUCGAAUUUGCUACACCGCCUAGUCCGCCGACUUCGAACUUUGUUGAGAUCUCGUCGGAUAGUGAGUUAUCCGAUGCGGAUGAGUUGGGUAAUGGGGUGCCAUUUUCCAACAGUGUGAAGAGCGAGCAUUUUGAGGAAGAAGAAGUUGAUGAGGAAGUUGAUGAACAAGUACCGGAUCCGACGUUUGAGUAUGAGACUUUACCAGAUACUCUGCCGCCUGUUGAGGAGCCGGGAGUGUUGUUUCCUCCGGAUGAGUCGCUUUGUGAGCCGGUGACUUUGGGAUCUAGUUCAAUGGCUACGAUGAUUGAAAACAUGAUUGCUGCAGGUACCCUUGGUAUUGAACCGAUCCGACCACCCAAAGGUAUGUCCGUUUGGAAUGAAAGCAUAAGGAGAUCCGCGGAUGGAACCGUUGUGACUGAGUUGGAGCAUGAGGAUGGACGUAGGUCCGAACCUUAUAGUGUGACGCCGUUCUGUUUCACUUGCGGCCAAGAUGGUCAUUACACGAGAGCUUGUCCUUAUGUUCGUCACUAUCAUCCUUAUGCUCGCCCGUACGUGAUCUGUUAUGAGUGUGGAGGUGAAGGUCAUUAUGCGACCGUGUGUCCAAGGAAGCGUCCAGAGAAUCCCGGUCCGUCAAGCCCAAGCCCGAGUACGUCCGCAAAGAAGAAGAAAAACCUUAGUAUUAACUAGGAUUACCCUAAACCUUCAGACCGUUGGGUUCCGGCGAGGUAAGUAAGGGUUCUAACUCAUUGUAUGAUUCCGUGUUGCAUUUCAUUCUAGCAUUGCAUUUAGGUUUGUAAUAUUUGGUUUGUAAUCGCUUCGACGAAGAGUAUGGAAGCAAGUGUGUAAUGGUUAUAAAUCCGCAUUGUUAGA